GAGGGCUGCCAUCCCCAGCCCGCCGCUGGGGAGCCCAGGGGGGUGUCAGGAUUGAUGAGUACAGCCGAGGGUCAGGUUGGGUGUGGUGCAAGCUGCUGCUGGGUGCCCCCCUGAGGCAUUUCUUGUUUCUCCACAUUGAUGGAAGAGCAGCCAGGGCUCCUGUCCUGCUGGUGCUGCUGAGGAGCUCCUUGGAGAGGUGGUGAAUGAGGGAGGACACGCUGGGGGAUGGUUCCCACGUGGGAGUUGCCCUGGAUGUGGUCGGUGCUGCCCUGGGAAGAUGCCUUGAUAGGGAACUGAGCCCCUUCAGUGAUGGGCUGUGGGACCAGCAAGGUGCUUCCCGAGCCCCCCAAAGACGUCCAGCUCGACCUGGUGAAAAAAGUGGAACCCUACGGCGGCCACCAUGACGUCUACAAACACUUCAUCACGGGGGGCCCGGGGACCCUCAUCAAGGUGGGCUCCCCCUCCCCUCCUCCUCAUCCCCCUCACCCCCUCCACCCCCAGCCCCCCGAGCCCCCUCCCCGCAGGAACAAGGUGGCCAAGUACCGGGCCAAGUUCGACCCCCGCGUCACCGCCAAGUACGAGGUGAAGGCGCUGAUCGGGCGGGGCAGCUUCAGCAGGGUGGUGAGGGUGGAGCACAGGGCCACCCGCCAGCCCUACGCCAUCAAGAUGAUCGAGACCAAGUUCCGGGAGGGCCGGGAGGUCUGCGAGUCGGAGCUGAGCGUCCUGCGCCGCGUGCGCCACACCAACAUCAUCCAGCUGAUCGAGGUCUUCGAGACCCAGGACAGGGUGUACCUGGUGAUGGAGCUGGCCACGGGCGGGGAGCUCUUCGACCGCAUCAUCGCCAAGGGCUCCUUCACCGAGCGGGACGCCACGCGGGUGCUGCAGAUGGUGCUGGACGGGGUGAGGUACCUGCACGGCCUGGGCAUCACCCACCGGGACCUCAAACCCGAGAAUCUCCUCUACUACCACCCCGGCACCGACUCCAAGAUCAUGAUCACUGACUUCGGGCUGGCCAGUGCCCGCAAGAAGGGGGACGACUGCCUGAUGAAAACCACCUGUGGCACCCCCGAGUACAUCGCCCCCGAGAUCCUGGUGAGGAAACCCUACACCAACUCCGUGGAUAUGUGGGCCCUGGGGGUCAUCUCCUACAUCCUGCUGAGUGGCACCAUGCCCUUCGAGGACGACAACCGCACCCGGCUCUACCGGCAGAUCCUCAAGGGGAAGUACAGCUACUCGGGAGAGCCCUGGCCCAGCGUCUCCAACCUGGCCAAGGACUUCAUCGACCGCCUGCUGACCGUGGACCCCGGGGCGAGGAUGACGGCGCUGCAGGCCCUGAAGCACCCCUGGGUGGUCAGCAUGGCCGCCUCCUCCUCCAUGAAGAACCUGCACCGCUCCAUCUCCCAGAACCUCCUCAAGAGGGCCUCCUCCCGCUGCCAGAGCACCAAAUCUGCCCAAUCCACCCGCUCCAGCCGCUCCACCAAAUCCAACAAAUCCCGGCGGGUGCGGGAGCGGGAGCUGCGGGAGCUCAACCUGCGGUACCAGCAGCACUACACGGGCUGAGCGGGCCGGGCCGGGCCACCUCCUCCUUCCCUGCUCCCCCGGGAUGCAGCCCCCUCACUGCACCUCACCCCGGAGCAGCAGCCGUGUUCCUCCCUCCAUCCAUCCCUCCUUCCAUCCUUCCAUCCAUCCAUCCCUCCGGGUGUCCCCUGCCCGUGGGGGGAAGGGGAAGGACGUGGGGUCUGGGGAGGCCUCGUGGGCUCGGAGGGAGCCCUGAGGAAUGCAGAGAUUCAGGAGCCAGGUGGGGAGAAGAGCUCUGUCUGCAGCCCAGGAGCGUGGUUGUUCACAGCUAUUUAUUAAUUCCAGAGCGUUCAGUUUCCCCCACUUGAAUAUGGAAGGAAAAAAAAAAAACCAACCCAAACAAGAAGGAAAAGAAAUCCCUUUUUGUGUUUGUGCACGCAGGUCUGUGUGUGCACAGACACUUGGGGUGUUUGUAGGGGUUGGAAAAUUAUAUAUGCACCGAUUUUGAGCUGGUUAAUAAGGCUCUGUGGUGUCUUUGCCUUGAAGCUGGACUGAGUCCCAUGCAGGCAGAAGCAGGAGAGCUCUGACUCCCCAGGGGCUGCCUCACCAGCAGCUCCUGCUCCCAGCAGGGCACUGAGGAGAUGCAGACACCAGAGUUCUGUCAUGGCCUGGGAAGCUGGGAGCCAUCCCCAGGGCUGCCACCCACCUCCUGACCUCCAGGAUGUGCCAGAGCUGAGCUGCAGCCUGGAACCUGGCUCUGGUUCCUUGAUCCAGGCUGGGAUCCUUGAUCCUGGAGGGCCUGGGAAGAGGGUCAGUGUCCUGUGGGAGAUGGAUGGGAUGCAGAGAGAUGAUGUCUUUGGCAGGGCAGAUUUUUUUGGGGGUGUUCUUGUUGUCUCCCUUGAAUUAUCCUUCUGCUAUUUGCAGUUAUUCCAGUGUCUACUGUGCAGGUUUUGUUUUUUCCUGCUGGGCUGCAGCCCUGUGUCACAUCUGUGCCCUUCAGCCCAGCAUUACCAACCAUGUCACUUCACCAAAACUUGGUUGGUUCCAGGUCUGCACCUUAAAACAGUUCAAUGUCACUUUUUCUCCCAGCAGGAAAAAGCUGCUUUGUGGGUUUCUUUCUGCUGGAUGGGUGAUGCAGGAGCCUUUUGGGGAAGGUGGGUGCUGGAGAGCUGAGCCAAGGCCUUUCCACCCAGGGUUUAUUAAUGCCUGUGCCACUGUGGUUCAGUGCCAGCAAGGUUUGGAAAUGCUCAGGCCCAUCUCUGGGGAGCUCUGGCUCCACUGGCCACAGCCCCUCCUGCUACAGCAGGAGAAGACUUAAAUUCCCUGUGCAAAGGGAAAAAGAGAGUUUUUUGGGAUUUGCUUCCCACCCCAAAGCCAGGAUGGGCCAUAACCACUGUGAGCACAUCUCCAUGUGCCCAAGCUCGUGGUGGGGAAUGCAAGGGAGGAGGCCUGAGGACAGCCAGGAUGUGUAGCUGAGGUCAAUGCUAAAUCCUUUGCCUGGUUUUGCAUCUUAUUUGGAAAACUCUGAGUCCUUUGCAGGCUGCCCUCUCUCCGAGUGGCCAUCCUCCCAUAUCCCACACAGUCUUUCUUCCAUCAGCAGUGACACAUACCAGAGAAUUACCAAAUAUUGGUUUUUUUUCAGCUCUGUGGACUGCAAAAAACCAAAAAAAAAAAGUUUCUUCAGUGUCUUUUACCUUCUCACUGAGUGUUUUCCUGGUUCAUUACCCAGAACUAUAAAUGAGCAUCUCUGAACUGUAUGGCAGGAUCUCUGACUAAAGAGGCAGCUCAGUGCCCCUCCUGUUACUGCAAACAACUCCCCCAAAGCAGGAAUUACUCCUCAGUGACUUCAGCUGGCAAUGGUUCUUCCUCUGGGGGCUGAGGGACAGUAGGAUGCUCUCUCAGAGGGCUUUGGGGUUUGAGCCAUCAUUCUUAAGAGCCUUCUGCUUGGUCAGUGUCCUACCCAGCCACUGGGAUCUCUUUACCCUCCUGGGUGCUUUCAUAGCCCUCCCCAGAUUAUUUUCCAUGUUUAUCCUUAAAAUAGGUAUUUUGCUGAUGGGCCAAGGCUUUUAGGGCCUGGCACUCUUCAGGCACUCCUGGGCACACCACCAGCUCAGACACUGGGCAGAUCCUUUGGGCUUUCCCUCCUGGGGGGGGAUGGAGGGGGACAGAAGGUUGGGAUGUUGAGCUCUGCUCUGACCAAGCUUGGUUCUCAGCCUUCACAAAGCAGAACAAGAAUCUUCUCACCUGUGGUAAUUUUUACUUUCUUGCUCUUUUCAGUGAUUUUGGUUUCUCACUAACAAAACUGAGUAGUUUGCAGGGUGUUGCUAGGUAGGUUCCUGGCAUUGAAGGCUUUUUGUGGUGACACCCUGGGACCUGGAGGUGAGGUGGGAGAAGGGAGGAUCCUUCAGACACCUGAGCAGUGCAGGGUAACUGCAAUCUGCUUUGCUGGGGGGAGAUGUGCUCCUCAGGCAUUGCACCAGGGAGGAAUCAGCCCAGCCCAUAAGGUGCUCUGGCUUUGCUGGGGAAAAACCCCUCUAAUUCUCCUCUCAAAUACAGUGUUUUUCAUGGAGAAAUCAAGGUGAAGAAGGGCAAUAUCCUCAUGGGUUUUCCUCCCAUCUCUUGAUUACAAAACACUUGGCUCAAUCCCUCUUCUCAUUCUAAAAUUCAGUAUUUUCAGGAAUUCUUAUACCCAGCCUACUGGGGCUGUGGGCAGAGGGGAGACUCCCAGAGCUCCAUCCAAGCCUCCUGCUGAUCUGUUUUCCUUCUGUCUUAAAAACUCUGAUGGUCCAAAGGUUGCAUUGCAAGGCCCAGCUCCAGAACAAUUCCUGGGGUGCUUGAUCCUUGCAAUUGUGGCACAUUUUCAGCUGGAUCUGAAGGGGGACAGUCAGUGUGCAGGAGUUCAGGUGCCUUCAGUCUCUGCAAAGCUCUUUGCUGUGAAUUGCCUCCCUCAUCUGCCUUCCUGUAUGUUCCUCAGAAGCAUCUCAGCUCUUCAUUCACCUGAAGCCUCAGGAGUUUACACUUUUCAGGAGUGCCUUAUUUGAGGAUUUGGGAAGGAAAAAUCUCUCAGAAAUGUGGGGUUUUUCUUCUUUUUCUUCUCUUCAGUUCAAGUUUUUCUUAAAAUUUCUUUCUUUGGCUUUUUAACAGUGGUUCUUAGCCUGGCUGGAGGGGUUUUUUAGAAGAAUUUAGAAUUUAGAAGAGUUCUUCUGGUGCUGAAUGAGCCCUGGAACAAAUACACCUCGCAGGGAGCUGCUGAGCUGGAGCUGCUGCAGGAGCUGGGCUGCAGAUCUCCAGGUGCUUUGUUUUCCUGGCCUUUUGUUCAUCCCAUGGCGAUGGAGCUGGGAUGACCUCUAGUGGCAGUUUAAUGUGUCCCUGUCCCAGCCCUCUCCGGGUUUCCUUCCCCAUGGUGCUGCCUGGGAUGCUCUUACCCAGAGGAAUCUGGGUCUGGGGUGCUGCCUGCUGCUCCAGGACCACCCCUGCAGUGCUCCCCAGCUUUCCCAGCCUUGGCACCAUUUCCUCCUCCACUGACCCCAAAAAGCAGCUUUUUGAGCCCAAGUCCAUGAGCACCCCCUGGAAGGCACCUUCAGUGCUGGGGAAAAGCCAUGGGUGGUGCCUUCAGGAGGUUCUCAGCAGCACCCUGCCUUGGGGAGACAGCUCAGGGGGGACACUGGGAGAAAGUGAAGCCCAAAGAUGCUGGGGCUAGAAACAGUAGGUCUGGGACUUUCUCCCAUCAUGAGACUCAGUGGAGCAGCUUAGGGGGGGGGUUGCUUCCCAGCAUCUUCUGUUUCAGGGAAGAGCAGAUCUGAGGAGGAGAGGAAAUUAGGGUUGUUUGUCUUUUGGAACUUAGCUGUACUGUGUAAAACAAUCCCAUGGCUUUGUCCUGGGAGUUGAGUGCUCUCCUGGGGGAGAGCAUUAUGGCUUCAAAGUGUGUGGCCUUUGGUUUGGGGUUUUUUUUUUGGGGGGGGGAUUAUUGGAAACGACUGUGAAAAGGUCUUCCAGAAAUACCAUUAGGUGGCCUACAGACCUGUUAAGCUGUGCAUCCAGAUUGUUUGAGUACAUAAUAUAUUUUUCUAUGCAUUUUCCUAAAACAGCAGUUACUUGUCCAUGUUUGUCCAUUUACUCCUUACCCUUCUCAGGCUUCUAAAGAAUUUCCAUGGUGGUAGAAGCUCCCCUUCCUUCAGCCCAGAAAAGAUCUGUGCUAUUUAACACCAAGAUGGUGACAGCAUCUGGAUGCUCCUGGUCUGCAUUGUUCUUGGAAGGGCCCAGCCCCACUUGAGGGACAGCUUUACAGCCCCCUGAGGAGAGCCAGCCCAGACAGAAGGGCUCUGAGCCAUUGACUCUGGGUGUGGAAAGCAGCUGUGGUGUUGGGCCCAUGGGAUGGGUUUGUUUUGGAAAUGAUAAUCCUUCAAACUCUUUGGAACUGGGUUCUUCUGCUAGGUCAGGUAUUUUCUGCCCUGGUAGUUUGUGUUGUUUCCCAUACCCUGCUCCAUUUCUCAGCCAGGGUUUCCUACCUGGUGUCUCCAGUCACCUUCUGUGGGAUGCACAAACUGGAAUAGGAGCCCUGGUGAGUCCUGGAGCCAGGUAAAAUCAUCUGUGGUGCCUUUCAGGUGGGAGGAGGCUCCCUCUGAGGUCCCCAGAGUGCAGGCUUAGCUCAGGAUGAGCUUGUACAGCACAAGACAGGCAGUGCAGGGCUGCUGCAGGCCUCUGACCAGGCUGUGUGUGGCACCACGUUCCUGGGCUAAGUGAUGAUUGUAAGAAUUUGGAGGGCUUGAGGCAGGGUAAAUCAAAUUCUCAAUCGUUUGACUCCAUUUGGUUUUCUAAAUGAUGCAAAGAAAGGCAGAGAUUGGGAUCAGACCCUCUGGAGGAGUCACAAUCCCUGGCAGCAGUGUGAGCCCUGAGGUUUGCAGGAGGGUGGUUGUGUCCCAGCCUCCCACCAGCUCAGCUUCCUCCUGGUAAAUACCCCAAGUGCCUGUGCUGCUCAGAGCUGGACUCCCAGCUUCAGGGUGCCCACACCACCCUCAGAAAGGUUUUUGGUGCUUUUUUUCUAACCACUCAGUCUCCUCUCCCAGCCUGAAUGAAACACACACCUCGUGGGUGCUGGGAGGCAGGUGCUGGGCUGUCAGCUCUGCCUCGCUCUGCCCUAAAUUUGUGAAAAAAAAAAAAAAAAUCAAUGUGAAGCAGCAGGGAUCUGUGGUGGUGGUGGUGGUGGCAUCACGGGGCUUGGUGCCUUCCACCCUGGCUAUUCCUGUGGUGCAGGGGGCUCUGCCAGCCUGGUGACACUUUUUCCUUCUCCCACUGUCCCCCCCCGUGUGGCCUUACUGUAGAUCCCUGGUGUGUGACGGGCUGCAGGUGAUGUUGCUCUGUGUUUGUCUGCUGAACGUGGAGGGGAUCCCAGCCCCAGCCAGGUGUGUCAGAGACCAGCAGCCUCCUGCAGGGACACCCAGAUGCUGGGAAGUUUUCCUGUUGCCUUUCACUCCGGAAAGACACCUCCUGGAACCGGCAGCUCUUCCGGCCUUUGCUGUUAUUUUUAGGCACCAAAUUUCCUCUUUUGGGUUGGAACAGCUUUGGGAUUAACUCCGGUCACGUCCUGUUCAGUUUUUGAGGAGGAUCCAGUUCUGUGACUUGUCUUUUGAGUCCUGUUUUGAGACUGAGGACUGCCUCACCCGACGAGGUCCAUUGUAAUUAGUCUGUAACGUCACAUUAAGAGUGUACAGAAUUAUUUAUUUUGUGUACUCGGUCUGCUAAACAUGGAACUGUACUCUGUGCA